AUGCUUCGCCGCCCAUUUAUCACCGAUUUCUUCAUCACCAGGUCCAUAACUCGGCCGCGUCUCUUACUCGCCCUCAAAAACUCCGGUGACGUAAUCAUCUGCUCGUCUCCUCAGCUUCAGAAUCCCGAGGACUCGUCUCUCUCAGUCGCCGCCGAGUUUCACAUACGUCUCCCCGCAGAUUGCACGGGACAACAAGUGAGUGUACCAAAACCUAAAGCAACCAAGGAGUUUUCACAUAGCUUCUUCGGUUAUGAUCCGGUUCUUAAACAAACCACGGUACUUUUCAUAAACCGUGAUAAAGAUGCUGCACCGGAGGAGAUUCAGAUUCUGACGUUAGGAACUGGCAAGUGGAGGUCGAUAAAAUCUCGACUGACGCAUUAUCCUUUAAGCGAGGGGAUAUGCAUCAAUGGUGUGUUGUAUUACGUAGCUCGUCGAGUGGUAGUAGGUGGUAAUUCCACUGUGGUGAUAGCUUGCUUUGAUGUGAAGAGUGAGAAUGAGAAAGAGACAUUCCAGUUGGUUGCGGAAGCUAACGGCGUUUCGAUAUGGUCUAGGCCUAGUGUUCUUGUCAAUUUCAAGGGUAAAUUAGGAGGUGUUCAGAGUGAGUGGCGUUGUGGUGUCGAUGGAAGGUUUAGUCUUGAGCUGUGUUUGUGGGUUUUAGAGGAUGUUAAGAAAAGGGAAUGGUCGAAGCGUGUCUACGUUUUGCCGGAUUUGUGGGAGGAUGAUGAUGUUAAGAGGAAGGCGUCUGUCUCGAUUGCUGGUGUGACUGCUGCUACAGGUGAAAUUGUUUUGGUUAAGGAGUGUGUAUCUAACCCGUUCUAUUUUACUACUAUAAUCUUGACAGUUACACUCUCAGGAAAGUUGAAAUCCAAGGUAUGGAUGCGGUUAAGGGAUACAGAGUUCGUGCGUUUGUCGACCAUGUUGAAGAUCUUAAGUUUCUAA